UUAUAAAAGUUAAUCGCAAAUCAGCAGACCGCAGUCGUUCACACGAUCUUCAAUUAUACAGCCGUAUAUUUUUGCACGAAUAAAUCUAGUCAGUUUUAUUUAUUUAAAUAAUUAUAUUUUUGCACCAAAAAACUGUGCUGUGAUUUUAGUUACUUUAUAAUCUUAUUCCAUUAACAUGUGUUCGUAUAUUUUUACGUUAAUAUGUUUAGUGAUGUUCGUAAACGUAGCAUUAGGACAAGGAAUGCCUAAAGGUGCUAUAGGAUUUCCUGAGAUCGAGGAAAAUCCAAAAGUUUCAAAUAAACAGGAUCGACAACCAGUAUAUCUUCCAUCGGUGUGUCCAGAAAACGAGCUGUAUUAUCCAGGUGAUCACAAUACUGACUGGAUCUGCGACUGUCGGCCAGGUUACUUAUACCAUCCGAAAACGGACAAAUGCUGGCUCGCCUACCAGCGUGGGCCGUGUCCUCAAGGACAGUACUUAGUCCUACCAAAGUCUACCGUCUUACCUAUAUGUGAAAACAAUCCUUGUAUAAAUGACGACUCAGUUAUGUUCAAUGGGAACUGUACCACCUUAGGUGCUAUGAUCCCUUGUGGUUUAUCGUAUCCUUCAAAAGUUGUAUGGAUAAACGCGGCGACAACUAAAGUAGAUUGUGUAAAAGUUUACGUAGAAAAUAGAUUUUCCUCGAACGACGAAGAAAUGUUUGCACUUUGUCCUCCUGGCUGUAAAAGAAGCAUUAACUUACAAUGUACGCCUGAUAUUAGGAGAUAGUUAAAAUGUAGUAUUGCUAAAUAUUAAUUAUUUGUAUACGUUGUAUUUGUUUAUUAAACAAAAGAAACAAUUGAAAAU